AGCUGUGGCCAGCGUUUGUGCUCCCGUCCCGCCUAUGUGCCCAGCCAUGCACAAACUCCUCCUGAUGCUGGCCCUCGGGGCACUGUGGUCCGAGAUGAGGCCAGGCAGCGAAGCCAGGACAGCUCCCUACGGCGUGAAGCUGUGCGGCCGGGAGUUCAUCCGUGCUGUCAUUUUUACCUGUGGAGGAUCCCGGUGGAGACGGGCAGGAGAACUCAGCGGCCUCCCCGGAAGUGACUCCACCGAAGCCUUUGUCGCCACGUCUUCCUCCAGCGAAUGGGACUCCAUCCGCGUCCCCCCGAAGGACCCAUCCGAUUAUUUUGGGAGCUGGAGGAGCCACGGCCCCUUGGAAGAAAGCUGGGCCUCGGAGCGUGGCGCUCGCGACGUCAUGGCCGGCCUCAGCAACGCCUGCUGCAAAUGGGGGUGCAGCAAGAGUGAAAUCAGCUCUCUGUGCUAAGGGGCA